GGAGCUCUCCAGACCAUGGCACCCAGAAGAGCCCGCAAGAGAGCGGAAGGUGGUGCUAGCUCCAAUGUCUUCUCCAUGUUUGAUCAGUCCCAGAUCCAGGAGUUUAAAGAGGCCUUCACCAUCAUGGACCAGAACCGGGACGGCUUCAUCGACAAGGAGGACCUGAGGGACACGUUUGCCGCCUUGGGCCGCAUCAAUGUGAAGAACGAGGAGCUGGAAGCCAUGGUGAAGGAGGCACCUGGACCCAUCAACUUCACCGUCUUCCUGACCAUGUUUGGGGAGAAGCUGAAGGGUACGGACCCCGAGGAGACCAUACUCCAUGCCUUCAAGGUGUUUGACACUGAGGGGAAAGGCUUCAUUAAGGCUGAUUUCAUCAAAGAGAAGCUCAUGACCCAGGCCGACCGGUUCAGUGAGGACGAGGUCAAGCAGAUGUUUGCGGCUUUCCCGCCAGAUGUGUGCGGUAACCUGGACUACCAGAACCUGUGUUACGUCAUCACGCAUGGAGAAGAGAAGGACUAGCAGGCCAGGGACCCCCCCCACCAACAUUUGGAGGUAGCAAACUCCCAUGGUGUUUGGGGGCGACCCCUGGUGAGCCCCCUACAGCCAACGUGUGCAAAGGAAUGUCUCCCCACAUUCCCCUGUCCCCAGCUCAGGGGCAAAGCAAGAAUAAAGAAUGCUAACAAGG